CAAAAUGAACCAGAACCAACCUGUGCUUUACAUUGUCACUCCCACUUUUGCUCGACGUGAGCAAUUCCCAGAACUCACCCGAUUAUCCCAAACAUUGUUCCACGUGCCACACAUGAUUUGGUUGUUGAUUGAAGACACUUCCGAAUGUUCUCCAAUUCUAAGCAGCCUUCUGGAACGAUGCCAGAUUCCGUAUGUGCACAUGGUCGCUCCAAUGCCCGCACAGUUUUUGGUGACGGCAAAAAAGCCUCGAGGAGUUUCGCAAAGAAAUGCGGCUUUACAAUGGAUCCUAACUCAUCCGGAGCUGCCAGAAGGAGUCCUAUAUUUCGCCGAUGAUGACAACACAUUUGAUCUGCGAUUAUUCAAGGACAUUCGCAAAACUCAAAAGGUGUCCAUGUUUCCAAUAGGGCUCAUGGGUGAAACGGGCAUUAAUAGUCCAGUAGUGCGAAACGGUCAAGUAGUGGGAUUCAUAAGUGAUUGGUUUGGCAAGAGAAAGUUCCCCGUGGACAUGGGUGAAUUUGCCGUCAACAUCCGGUACUUGACCUACAACCCAGCUAAAGUUGCCAUGCCGUUUAUGGUGGGCUAUGAGGAGGAUGGGUUCUUGAGAGGAAUUGUGAAAAAAUGGAGUGACAUUGAGCCCUUGGCCGAGGGAUGUACGAAGGUUUGGGUGUGGCACACCACUGCAGAGGAAUCAUUACUGCCAGUGAUCAAUUCUCGUGGGGGCGACAGCAAUCUUCGAGAUUUGUUGUCAGAACUCGAGUCAACGGGAGUGGUGGGGACCACUGUGACAGGUCCAGGUAUUCCAGUUUGUCCCAUGGACUCAGACUGUAUUUAAUCUCUGAGGCAAAUGUUGGCAAAGCUAAUGAAUGUUUUAAGAAGCAAUCAACAUAUUUUAACUGACACCUUUUACUUGCUAUAAAGUGCAAUACCCCAUGCCUGGGCGAACUGGAACCUUAUUUUCGAAGCAAAUCUUGCUCUCUUUUGUUCGUUUCUUUCUGCUUUGUCACCUUCUUCGAUUAUUCAGCAAACAUGUGAAUGUGAAGAAUAUUGAGAAAAAGAUAGAGCGAGCAUG